CCCUCCACCCAGCUCCUGUCAACGUUAACCAUUCCAAUUUGAUUCGAAAUUUCAAUUCUCAUUUUGUGCGCUUUGUUGGGCGCAUAUUCUUUUCUGCUCUUUGCCAACUGCCCCGUUGUUUCCUCCCAAACGGCGCCGUUUUCUCGUCGCGUCAGCUCGUGGCGGACCUCACUUGACGAGCUCUCGCUCCACCGUAACCACGAACCCAAGCUUGUUGGAAACACCCACCACCUCACGCCAUCGAAUCUGCCUUUGUUAGAUUGAAUUGCGCCUUCAUUACCCCUUUCGCAGUGGGCGCGCGCCGAGCGACCCGGUGAUGGCUUCAUAGCUUUGUUUAGCUCGGUUCCCUUUCUUUCUGUUCGCUCGCGAUUGAAUCGCCCAUCGCGCUCCCGCUUCGUGAGGGUGCGCCAUACAUGAGAGAGAAACCAGUGGGCGGUAGUUACCACACCGUGUCACUCGAGUUUAAAUAGGAGCAUGCUGCUUCGAUUGCCGCCGAGCCUUCACUACCCGAUCACCGUAACGUCGCUGCUCAAACAGCCUGGCGAUGCGGUGGAACGGGAUGAGGCUCUCUUCUGGUAUAUCUACCAGACGACUGUCACUGAAGGUGAUGGGCUGGGAAAUAAGAUCGAGGUGAAGCGCAAGUUUCCGACUAAGUUUGAGUCGACCGUUGAUGGGGAGAUCGUGCAAUGGAAAGUUGCCAAGGGCGAUAUUAUUGAUGAGCCGGUUGAUAUCGUCGAGAUUGACGAGCCAUGUGCUCACGAAGUCCAGUUCGGGGGUCUGUGUGCGGAGUGUGGGAAGGAUAUGACAGAGUCGACGUACAACACGGAGGUGACCGAUUCGAUCCGCGCGCCGAUCCAGAUGGUUCACGACAAUACGACACUUACCGUAAGCGUCGAGGAGGCUACACGGGUGGAAGAAGAUGCGAAACGCCGACUGCUAUCGCAUCGGAAGCUGUCCCUCGUGGUGGAUCUUGACCAGACCAUCAUCCAUGCUACCGUGGACCCUACCGUAGGAGAGUGGAUGGAAGACAAGGACAAUCCCAACCAUGAAGCAUUGAGCGACGUUCGAAGGUUUCAGCUGGUGGACGAUGGACCAGGGAUGCGAGGAUGCUGGUACUAUGUCAAGUUACGACCAGGAUUAGAGGCCUUUUUGGAGAACGUCGCUGCGAUGUACGAGUUACAUAUCUACACCAUGGGUACUAGGGCGUAUGCGCAGCAUAUUGCAAGUAUCGUCGAUCCAGACAAAAGACUCUUUGGCGAUCGUAUUCUCAGCCGUGACGAGAGUGGCAGCUUGACCGCAAAGAACCUGCAUCGCCUGUUCCCCGUGGACACUAAGAUGGUAGUCAUCAUCGAUGACCGUGGGGACGUCUGGCGCUGGAGCCCCAAUCUCAUCAAGGUGUCUCCGUACGACUUUUUCGUCGGGAUCGGCGAUAUCAACUCCAGUUUCCUCCCCAAGAAGCAAGAACUGGAGUCGUCUAAUAAGACCGGUGAAAAGCCACCGGUCAAGGCCCCUCCCCUGCCACCACCGACAGAACACCACGUUAAUGGCAGUACGACGAAAUCAGAGCCGAACGAGGAGGUGUCAACGCUGGAGCAGUUGGUAACAAUGGGUGGUGGAGACAACCCGAGACUGCUGCAAGAGCAGAGUGACGCCCAGGAAGAGACAAUCAUGCACCAGGUCGAGGACCGGCCCCUGCUGCAAAAGCAGAAGGAGCUGGACGCCGAAGAUGACGCGACCUCCCAAUCGGAUAGCAGCGAGUCGUCCGCCAGCGUGGACGAGUCCCAGGACCCCAACAAACAGCGGCAUCAUCUGCUGGUCGAUACCGACCAAGAGCUCUUCCAGCUGGAAGCACGACUCGACGACGUGCACCGGAGAUUCUUCGACGAGUACGACCAGCGGCGGACGCGCGCGCUCGGCGGACGGGUGGCGGCUCUACGGGGCGAAAAGACGCCAUUCAAGGAGAAAGACGUGGACCUGAAACUGGUACCCGACGUGAAGGACAUCAUGCCCUACAUCAAACGCAAGAUCCUUGGCGGCGUGGUGAUGGUAUUCUCCGGCGUGUUGCCCCUAGGGACAGACACCCAAAACGCCGACAUCUCCCUUUGGUCGAAGAGUUUCGGCGCCGCAAUCUCCCAAAAGGUCAACCGGCGAACGACACACCUCGUAGCCGGCCGCAACCGCACAGCCAAGGUGCGCGAGGCGACGCGAUACCCCAGGAUCAAGAUCGUCUCGACGCAGUGGCUCCUAGACUCCCUAACCCAGUGGAAGCGGCUCAACGAAGAGCCGUACCUACUCCCCGUGCACCCAGACGACCGCGGCGAGCCGAUCUCACCCAGCACCAAAGACCUGGACAGUGCGUGGUUGACGUCUGAUGACGAAGACACGGGUGAAUUCCUGACAGACGACGACAACGAGACGGACGAUAUCCUCCAGUCGUCGGGGCUUUCGGAGCAGUCCCCGAUCGGCUACGACGAAGACCAGCAAGCCGCCGUGCACGAAGAGCUCAAGGACUUCCUGGGUAGCGAUGACGAGAGCGAAAGCGACAGCGACGCGUCGUUCGUGGCCGACGAGUCCAGCCAGAUUGGCAAGAAGCGCAAGCGGGAUGAUGGGACUGAGGGCGAAGCCGGUGACGGUGACCAGGAGCCGGCGGCUGAAGAGGGAGGCGAUCAGGCCGGCUCGCGGUUAUCGCAGCGGAUCAAGCGGGUCUACGAGCGCAGCACGGGCUUACGAGCCAUGGCCACCCCCGGUGGUGCCAACAACAACAACAACAACAACAACAACAACAACAACAACAACACCACCACCACCACAGAGGAGACAAAGCCAGAAGAAAUGGUAUCCUCACCCCCAGAGCCCGAACCAUCCAGCUCUCAACCCCAAGAAAACAUCCCGCAACCCGACGAAGACGACGAAGACGAACUCGAGCGGGAGAUGAUGGCAGCAUUCGAGGAUAACGACGAAGACGAAGCUCGAGCCGAAGAAGAAGAAGCAACUGAUAGUUAGUUUUUUUUGUUUCCAUCUCGACUUUGACUUUGACCCUUGUAUCUUCCCUUCCUUGUUCUCUAUUUGUCAUAUUUGUCCCAUUUGCUUCUCUCUAUCUUGUUCUUGUUCAUAUUGGAGAUGGAAUGGCGUUGAGGAUGGAUGCAUGAGCAUCGCGAGCUGAGUGGCAUGUCCUGUCUUGUCGUAACUCACUCUCUAGACGUUUCAUUUGGAAGAGAGGUGUUUUUUUUUGCUGCUGCUGCUGCUGUUGAUAUCAAUGUUGAUAUUGUCGGGGAACUGCGAUCGAUGCGAGAAUGGCAUAGCGAUGGCGUUGACGGGAUCUAUCUAUCGAUCUACUCUC